AUCCAAUGACGAUGCUGAUGAAGAUAAAAAAGAGAUCAUAGAAUAUUUUAACAGUGAUGUUGAAGAUAAUAGCAGUGAAGAAGACAAUAAAUAUACAAAUAUUUGCUUCAAUAGUAUUUCUUUCUGA